UUGUUUGGGGCUUGUAGUUGGAUGCUCGGCUGUGUUUUUUGUGAAUGGAGAGGAGACGCUCGGGCAGACGGGAUGGACAGACGUCUUUGCGUCCCUCAGAGACGGAGAUGAGACAGGCUCGGAUCUGAAACGACACUUAGACCUGGAAUAAAUCACACAUACAGUAACACACACCUGAGGAUCUGGACGGACUCCUCGGAGAGGAUGGCGCACACAGACGAGGACCUGAUCGGAAUCCCCUUCCCGAACCACAGCAACGACGUUCUGUGCAGUCUUAACGAGCAGCGGCGGGACGGCCUGCUUUGCGACGUCAUCCUAGUGGUCCGGGACCAGGAGUACCGCACCCAUCGCUCCGUCCUGGCCGCCUGCAGCCAGUACUUCAAAAAACUCUUCACGGUGGCCACCGGCUCCAGCCAGGACUCCAACCAGCACGCCAUCUACGAGCUGGACUUCGUGGUGCCGGAAUCGCUGACGGCCAUUCUGGAGUUCGCGUACACGUCGACGCUGACGGUGACAGCAUCCAACGUCAAGGAGAUCCUGAGUGCCGCCAGGCUCCUGGAAAUUCCCUGCAUUAUAAACGUGUGUCUGGAAAUCAUGGACACGGGAGGAGGUGGAGAACGAGGAGGAGGACCUCUGGAAGGAGAGGAGUUUGAGGGAGAUGACGAGGAAGACGAGGAUGAAGAAGACGAGGAAGAAAUGGAGGAGGAGGUCGACUCCAAAGAUGGAGAAUUUGAGGACAACAAUAGCGAGAAAUCCACACAAGGAGCCGAAAACCAAGAGGAACUCAAAGUUUGGGAGAAUGGGAGGACGGAUAGCCCACCUUGUAGCUCCCAACAAGGAGCGCCGAACCCGGAUGGCCAAGAAUCCCAAAGACGCCAAUCGGACACUCCGGAAGACCAGAAACCCCGAGGGCCGGAGGGAUUGGAGGGCCGGGCGCUGAAGGACUUCUCGAUAGAGUCUUUACUUCAAGAGGGACUCUAUCCGAAAAUGCCAGGCCUGGAAAGAGGCGCCGGAUUCUCACCCCUUCUCCCAGGCUUCUAUCCUCACAUGUGGGCGGCAGAAUUCCCAGGCUACCCUCAGAUUCUGGAGCGCCGACACCCUUCCCACCCUUUCCCCAAUGCUUCACUAGAAAACGGCCCUUUGGACCUUGCGGUCAAGAAAGAAGUCAUCAAAGAAGAGCUGAAGGAUGAGCCUACAAACCCAAUCCUGCACAGAGACUUCCUCAAAGACUUCAUGAGUCCAGGGUUGGGAAUAACCUCUGACCCCAGCCUCGGUCCGAUCAAAGAGGGAGCGGAGCUGCGGUCCUACCUGAGUUUUCUUUCCGCCUCCCAUCUCGGGACGCUGUUUCCUCCGUGGCAGCUGGAGGAGGAGAGGAAAAUGAAGCCCAAGGCGUCACAGCAGUGCCCCAUCUGCAACAAGGUGAUUCAAGGAGCGGGAAAGCUGCCACGGCACAUGCGAACACACACCGGAGAGAAGCCCUACAUGUGCACCAUCUGUGAGGUCCGCUUCACCAGGCAAGACAAGCUGAAGAUUCACAUGCGCAAGCACACCGGUGAGAGGCCAUACAUCUGCCUGCACUGCAACUCUAAGUUCGUUCACAACUACGACCUGAAGAACCACUUGCGCAUCCACACCGGCGUGCGGCCGUACCAAUGCGAGCACUGCUACAAGAGCUUCACGCGCUCCGACCACCUUCACCGGCACAUCAAGCGGCAGAGCUGCCGCGUCUCACGCCCGCGACGGGGCCGAAAGCCCUCCGCCUGGAGGUCCACCAACUUCCUCUUCCCUCCAGAUCCCAACGCCCUCCAAGCGGACAGGACGAUGCGGAUUCCCGCCGCUCGUGGCGCCCCCUUGCUGGGGAAACAGCAGCCUACGGGAGGAAAAACGCUAGAGGACGUCGACGGUGGCAGCCGAGAAACGGACAGAAAGCUCAUCUCAGAGGAUGUGAACAGAAAGCGGGGCGUGUUUGCUUUCGCCGUGGCGACGGAGAACGUUCUGCCACACCCGCCUUUCUAUUUGGCGACCUCUGACCCCUGGGCCGUGAGACUGGAACGAGCUCCACCCAUUCCCGAGGCCGCAAAGUGACUUUUGUUAAUUCCUUGAAACAGCUGCUCGCUUCGGAUGCCACAAAGUCUUUACGAACCGGGUUCAGACUCUGUAAUAUUAAAUGAGAAUUACAUUUUUUUGUUUUUUUGUUUGUUUCAUAAGUUAGCUUCCAUAUGGGAUGACAGGGAUUUUAAAAAGCCUACUUUUUAAAUGACUAGAUUUGUUAAUAUCUUGGAUGUGCAUUUGUUCAAGCUGUUUUUGAUGCUUCAGCGUUUGCUAACAAGGGUGAUGCGCUCAUAGACUGUUCAGUGCAAUGGAGUAUGUGAAAAUCGAACGCAAAAAUUUGACAAUCAGGUAUGCAGAAAGAAAAAAUAAGUCCUGCUGAAUAAGCUAGAAGCUUUGAUGUUUGCAUUGCAUUAUCUGACAGGUUUUCUAAUUUAACAGUUUUCAGUGAAGCUAAAUCCUAAACACAAGGAAAAUUACAAAUUUACACAUUGUAAUCCACUAUGCAAAAUACAAAAGUGGUUCCAUUUUUUUUAGAAUUACCACAGAAACCACAAAGACAAAAUUAAUAAGAAAAACUCUCAGGAUUACAAAUCUUUUUUUUUUACAGCCAAAAUAUCACGUGUUACACAUAACAAGUUGUCACAUCAAUCUGCAGUUAAUCAUGCAAUUAGACAAAAGAGAAAUCCUGCAAGUUAUUUUUUUCUCAUAAUUAUUUAUAUUGUGCAUUUCAAAUUGACCCUUGAUGAAAUCGAAUGCUGUUUAAAAUAAUUUGUAUAGAUGGCUUUCAGGUUCUACAGUGGAAUUGUUCAUUAUUGUAAGUGUUUCUAUUGUAAAACAUCCAAAGAUGUGUUGUUAAAGAACAAACUUGAAAUCCAAUCUGUUUGCAAAGCAGUCUUUUUCACAUAUGAAGUGUCUUGGAGGUGCUUGUGGUGUACAGGAAAAUAAAACGAGGGAAAAACGUCCACAACUUUGAUACUGUUCCUCAUCUGAAUGGCUAGAGUAAUUCAGCAUCGUUUAAACUGAAACUAAACAUAUUUUCAUGCUAUUUAUGCAUAUUUAAAUAAGCCUUGGCUAUAUUUUACUAAGAUGUUUUAUAAAGACACUAACACAUUUGUGUUCCGGUUUAUCUGUUUUUCAAGAGAGAAUGUGUCAAUGCAGACAGUGUACGAUAUUUGACAUCAAACCCUCUGAAAUCAAAACAAUACGGUAAUAAAAAAAAGCAUAAAAUCCCCCCUUCAAGACUUUUAACUUCUAAAACACCCACAAAACAAACUGCACAAGUACUCCAAAUGAGAAUUAAAAUCAUCUGAAAAUUUAAGCUUCUGCACUUCACACAAGACUUUUAAGAUGUUUUCAUCUUGGUGUGCAAAAUGCAAAGAUGUUUCAAUGGCCAUGUACAACGAAGGUGCUUAAAGAUGUGUGUGUGUGUGUAUAUAUAUGAAGCCCUUCUGUGGCGACUGGUGGGAACUUACUUGCACUAUUUGUUUGAUGAUGUUUUAAUAUUGGUUACGAUAUAUUGAUAUUUCUUAAAGAUUUAAAAACAUACAAAAAAAAUAAAAAAUCACAGAACAUGUCUGAGAUAUGCACUUUACUCCUCUUUAACACAAGAACAAUUUCAGUGAAAGUCAUUUUUAUAAAUGUGUGUGGUAUUUGUAUAUUAGAUUAAUCCCUGGUAAACAGAAUCAAAGAACUGGAAUAACAAUAAAAAAAAAUAAGAAGCUUU